AUGACUAAUUUAAUUAGAAGUAAUUUUCAAGAUCAUCCGUUUCAUUUAGUAUCUCCAUCUCCAUGACCCUUAUAUACUAGCGUUAGUUUAUUAAAUUUAGCUACUAGUGCUGCUUUAUCUAUGCAUAAUUUUAAUAAUAGUUAUUAUUUAUUUUUUAUCUCUUUAAUAUUAGUUAUUUCAUCUAUGGCUUUCUGAUUUAGAGAUAUAAUAUCAGAAGCUACUUUAUUAGGGGAUCAUACAUUAGCAGUACAAAAAGGAUUAAAUUUAGGUGUUAUACUUUUUAUAGUAUCUGAAGCACUAUUUUUUUUAGCUAUAUUUUGAGCUUUCUUUCACAGUUCAUUGACACCUACUGUAGAAUUAGGAUCUCAAUGACCACCUAUAGGUAUUGAACCUAUAAAUCCUUUUGAAUUACCUUUACUUAAUACAGUAAUACUUUUAUCUAGUGGUGCAACAGUAACUUACGCUCAUCACUCUUUAAUUCAUGGGGAAAGAAAAGGAGCUUUAUAUGGAUCUAUUAUUACUAUAUUACUAGCUAUAAUAUUUACAGUAUUCCAAGGAGUUGAGUAUAAUGUUUCAUCUUUUACUAUUAGUGAUGGUGCUUUUGGUACAUGUUUUUAUUUUGGUACAGGUUUCCACGGGUUUCACGUGAUAAUUGGAACAAUAUUUUUAGCGGUAGCUUUAUGAAGAAUAUUUGCUUACCAUUUAACUGACAACCAUCAUGUAGGUUUUGAAGGUGGUAUUUUAUAUUGACAUUUUGUGGAUGUAGUUUGACUUUUUUUAUAUGUUUCAAUUUAUUAUUGAGGUUCUUAG